AUGAACCUACGCAUCCGCCACGCGCACUUCAUGGAAGAGGACCCCCGCAGUUUCGACGCCCCCUUCUUCAACAUGUCCUACGCCGAAGCCUCGGUUCUCGACCCGCAACAACGCGGCCUCCUCGAAGGCGCCUACCGCACAUUCGAAAACGCUGGAAUACCUAUGGAAACACUCUCUCGUUCUCCCACAUCAGUCUACUGCGCCUCCUUCUCGCGCGAUGGCGAAACAAUAACAGGUCGGGACUUUAGUGCACAGUCUCGGUAUCAUGCUACGGCGAACGGGUCGUCCAUGCUGAGUAACCGCAUUAGUCAUUUCUUCGAUCUCGCAGGGCCGAGUUUGACGGUCGAUACGGCGUGUUCAUCAGGGUUGUACGCGCUGCAUCUUGGUACGCAAAGUAUUCUUGCGGGAGAGAGCAAGAUGUCGCUUGUCUGCGGCGCAAACACAUUCAUCACACCAGAGAGCCAGGCACUUGCACUCAGCAACGGCGGAUUUCUGAGCGUGGAUGGAAAGAGUUAUAGUUUUGAUGCCAAGGCGAAUGGAUACGCCAGGGGCGAAGGGUUUGGCUUUGUCUUGCUGAAGCCACUGGAUGCGGCGCUGAGGGAUGGCGACGUUGUCAGGGCGGUCAUUAGGGCGACGGGUGCGAAUCAGGAUGGAAGGACGCCGAGUAUCACACAGCCGAGCCAACAGGCCCAACUGGAUUUGCUGCGGGAUACGUAUGGUGUUGCAGGGCUGGAUGUUGCUGAUACCGACUACGUUGAAGCUCAUGGGACUGGUACGCCAGUCGGUGAUCCUAUUGAGGCGGCUGCUGUGGGGCAGGCUUUCCGCGAUGGUCGAAAUGCGGACAGGCCGCUUUAUAUGGGGUCUGUGAAAGCGAACAUCGGUCAUUUGGAAGGCGCUUCGGGUAUGGCUGGCGUCAUCAAGGCCGUUCUCGCGCUGGAGAAUGCGGUGAUUCCGCCAAUUGCCAUGUUCGAGAAGCCCAAUCCUGCUAUCGAUGUAUCAGGUUUGCAGCUUGCAUUCCCCCAAGAAGCAGUCCCAUGGCCAGCAACAGACACCCGCCGGGCAUCCGUUUCCUCCUUCGGCUACGGAGGUAGUAAUGCCCACGUCAUCCUCGACGAUGCAUACAACUACCUGCGCACCCACGGUCUGGAAGGCCUGCACCAAUCUGUCUGCGAGCCCACCUCCACCAACGGCCAUACCAAUGGCUACACGAACGCCAACGGUAACGGCACUCACUCACUUAAAACCCCUUACGCUAUCAUCCCCUUCUCAGCCGCAGAUAGCGACGGCACAAAGCGCCAAGCAGCAGCCCUCCAAACUUUCCUCUCCUCGCACGAAGCUGCCUACACCGCAGACUUCCUCUCAGAUCUAACACACACGCUCUCAUCCCAUAGAUCUCUCCUCCAAUUCCGAUCUUUCGCCGUCAUCUCUUCCCUUACCGACGAUCUCACCACUAUCGUCUCACCGAGCGUCUUCAGCAGUACUUCUUCUGCUCCUGACCUCUCCUUUGUGUUUACAGGUCAAGGCGCGCAAUAUGUGCGUAUGGCCACUGGCCUGCUGCAUUAUCCCGUCUUUCGUCAGAGUCUUGGGAACUGCGAUGCCUAUCUCGCCAGUCUUGGUAGUACCUGGGCUGUGCUAGCAGAACUUGAGAAGGAUGGAGAUGCUAGUCAGGUGUCCAAGCCAGCGCUGUCGCAGCCUCUCUGUACAGCUAUCCAAGUGGCGCUCGUCGAUCUACUUCGCACAUGGGGUAUCAUCCCCCGUGCGGUGGUUGGGCAUUCGUCGGGUGAAAUUGCAGCUGCGUACUGUGCAGGUGGACUGGAUCGCGAGAGUGCAUGGCGAGUGGCCUACUUCCGCGGUGUUGUCGCCGAUAAACUGGCGUCUGACCCAGAGAGAGAGCCAACAACAAUGAUGUCUGUGGGCUUGGGCAAGGAGGCUGUCCAGACAUAUCUGAAGGCUGAGCCAACGGUGACUGUCGCAUGCGAGAACAGUCCUGUCAACGUCACGUUGUCAGGUCCCACAGUGGCUAUCUCGCGCUUAUUCGACACGCUGGAUGCUGAUGAGGUCUUCGCACGGAAACUGACUGUGAAGAUUGGGUACCAUUCCGAGGCGUUGCGCGAUGGCGCGGUGGAGUAUGAGAAUUUGCUGGCUGGAAUACGCGCACCGACGAGGGAGGGCAAAGAGCCGAGCACUGUCGCCUUCUUCUCAUCCACCGAAGGCAGCUUUAUCACUCUGGAGGGUCUUGCGAGUCCGAGCUAUUGGGUGAAGAACCUGCUCUCACCAGUACUCUUUACCGAUGCGGUAACAGCACUGGUCAGCGACAAAAAGCAAGCCCCCAAAUUCUUCGUCGAGAUCGGUCCUCAAUCUGGUCUUCGACGCCCCGUCAAAGAUAUUCUUAAGCACCUAGGCGAAGGUGAGGAUAAAUGGUCGUAUGCAGCUGUGCUCAACCCUCGUCAGCCUGACAUCCGCACCCUCCUCGAAACCAUCGGCGCCCUUUGGAGCGCUGGCCUCCCCAUCGACCUCAACUUGCCCAACCAAGCCACUCUCAAGCCUACAGCCAAGCCAAAGCGACUAACAGAUCUUCCCGCCUACCCCUUCUCCCGGGCCAAGCUCUACUGGGACGAACCCCGUCUCAGCGCCCUCUACUCCCAGCGCCCCUUCCGGCGACACGCUCUUCUCGGUCUACGCGAAAACGACUUCAACCCUGCUCAACCCACCUGGCAUCACAAGAUACGCCUCGCGGAAGCUCCUUGGAUCGUUGACCAUGCGCUCGAAGGCUCGCCGCUCUACCCCGGCACGGGUAUGCUCGUAAUGGCCAUCGAAGCUGCGCGCCAGCUGCUUCCGCCUAGCGCAGCCAUCAGCGGGUAUAGACUUGAAAACAUUCGUUUCAUGCGCUCUAUACCCGUGAACGAGACAGAAAAAGGCACCGAGGCGAAGAUCUACCUCCAACCGCGCCGGCAUACUGCCAAAGACGCAGCGCAAGGCGUGUAUGACUGGCGUGUGUUCACUCUCGGCGGCAACGAGUGGAUUGAGUGCGCAUUUGGUAGUAUUCGCGUCGAGCUUGAGGAAAGUGAGCCUUCUCCAGAGACAGCCUUGCGUAAAGCUAGAUGGGAGAAAGCUGUGGGCGAGGAGCACGCAAGCGCGGCGAAGCAAUGCACGUUGAGUGUGCAGAGCGCCCAGCUGUACGAGAAUUUGAGUAAAAAAUCUGGAUUCGACUAUGGUCCGUACUUCCAAGGCUUGCGGGACAUUAAGUACUCGCGCAACGGGUGUGCGACUGGCACUCUUGCGCUGCGAGAUUAUGCGAAGAGUAUGCCGUAUGCCGCCGAGGACCCGUGUGUGAUUCACCCCACAACGUUUGACUCAGUUUUCCACGUGGGCUUCGUCUCGCUGAGUAUGGGUGGCUGGGAGCCGAUCCCCACGCUCAUGUUCAGUAACCUCAAGGAUCUGUGGGUGUCGCACAAGCUAUUCGCGCUCCCUGGCAAUCCGCUGCUUCAUGUAGCGACGAAGGAAGUGGCUCGCACAUUCAGAGAAUUUGAGUGGGAUGCUAGCACGUUGCUUGCUGAAACGGGCGAGCCGGUCAUGGUCGCCAAGGGUGAGCGCGGAACUGUCAUCGCUGGUGCGGGCAGCAGCACACGUGACGAUGAUGGUGCAAGUCGUUUCUCGUACGGCAUUGAUUUCAAGCCCGACCUCUCACUGCUAAGCAAAGCUGAGACAGAGACAUACUUGAAGGCGCUCUUCGCGCGCGACCCGCAGUUCUCUCCCGACCCCAAGGACGCUGAGGCUGUCGACCGCGCGGACGCCAUUGCGUUGUUUUUCAUCGAGCAAGCGCUGGACAAGAUCGACAACGGCGAGCCGGUGACAUUUGACAACCACUUGACUAAGUACGUGGACUUCCUGCGCAAGGUCCGUGCAAAUAGGGAGAAGUACACAUUGGCGUCGCGGGGACUGGAGCACUUGAGCAUCGAGGAUGUCUUGCGUGAGGCGGACGACGAGCCGACGCAGAAGCUUGUGAAGAAGGCUGGUGAACAUCUCUAUGGGAUACUGACAGGAACGGACAAUGCGUUGCAGAUUAUCUUUGAAGGCAAUCUGGCUAACGGUAAGUUCAAUAACACAUACUGUGGAGAUGGAAACAAAAAGACUGACACGGGGACAGAUUUCUACCACUGCGACUUCUACUCGCGUCACUACCGCAAGGCUGGCGCCUAUAUGAACAUCCUUGCACACGCGAAUCCUCAACUCAGGAUCUGCGAGGUUGGCUCAGGGACUGGUAGUGCUACCUCCAAAGUGCUACCGUUUCUGGUAGAUGAUGAAGGUCUUCAGGCUGAUCAGUUGGUGCGAUUCAGCGAAUACGCCUACACCGACAUCUCAGUCGGCUUCUUUGAGAAGGCUCGCGAGAAGUUCGCAUUCGCAGAGAAGCAUAUGCGCUUCGCCAAACUCGACCUAGAGAUCGAUCCUUCGCUCCAAGGCUUCAAGCUAGGCGGCUACGACGUGAUCAUGGCCUGCAACGUAAUUCACACCACGUCGGAUCUCAUGAAGUGUCUCCGCGAUCUCUACGCUCUCUUGCGCCCUGGCGGAAAACUCAUCAUGAUGGAGACUACAGUCGACAACAUCCGCGACGGCAUCAUCUUCGGCUUGCUUCCAGGGUGGUGGAUGCGCGAGGGCCAUUGGUGGGAAGGCGAGGAUGUUGACGCCGUACCCGGAGAAGACGAGGCUUUGGGACCAAUUUUGACCGAAGAAGGAUGGGAUGCUGCGCUGAAGACCGCGGGCUUCUCAGGUGUCGACAUGGUGUUUAGGGACAACGAGUACAAACCUCGGCACCGUGUCUCAACGCUCGUCGCAACGAGGCCAGAGGAAGCUGAGGUUCAAGCUGCGCUUGAAAGGUGGGUCAUCAUCGCGGAUGCUGCGCAGGCUACUUCUGCCGAUACGCUGAUGGCGAGGCUCACUACAUUGCCGUGGAUUGGCAAGACCGAGACACACACUCUCGAAGGUCUCAUUGCCGCUGAAUUGGAUUUGAGCAGCACCAAAGUCAUCAGCUUGCUCGAGCUCGACACUUCCAUUCUCGGCACCAUCGCAGAACCCGAGUUCGAAGCCCUCAAAAAGAUCAGCUUGAACGCCAAGACAGUCCUCUGGCUGACACGCGGCGGCAGUCCUGGUGCUGGGAACCCCGCCGCUGAGAUGGCAGUCGGUUUCUCGAGAAGUAUUUGCUCUGAGCGGGGUGAUCAGGCCUUCGUCACCUUGAGUUUGGAGACCAAUGACCCAGCUGAGGGAGCGAGCCAUGUGGUCCGUCUCCUGGAGCACUUCCACAAGAUAGGAGACAAGAGCGCAGACGCCGAUUCCGAGUUUGCAGUGCAUAACGGCCUCAUCAACAUUCCGCGAAUCGUCCCACAGAAGAGCGUUAAUCAAACCCUUGCCGCGCGCGCCAAACUUCCCGACAAAGUCAGCUUCACACUUGGCCAAGCAUCCCCGAAACCGCGCAUCAACUUGACCAUCCAACAGCCUGGUUUGCUCGACACCCUAUACUACACCGAGACCAUCCCUUCCAGCACAGAGCUGCACCCCGGUGAAGUUGAAAUCGAAGUAGCAGCCGCUUCCCUCAACUUCCGCGAUGUAAUGAUAUCCCUGGGUCAAGUGCCAGGUGAUGGUCUCGGCCUCGAAGGCUCUGGCACCGUCAUCCGCGCUGGACCAGACUGCACGUUGCAGCCUGGGGACCGCGUCAUGUACUUCAUCUUCUCGACGGGUGGCUGCUGUGGAACCUACGUACGCUGCGACGAGGCAUCGACGCGUAGGAUCCCACGCGAAGACAUCUCGUUCUUGGAUGCGGCUGCCAUUCCUGCUGUAUGGGCUACGGUUGUGUAUGCUUUCGACUAUGUAGGCCGGCUGCGCAAGGGCGAGAGUGUAUUGAUCCACGCUGGAGCUGGUGCUGUGGGGCAGGCUGCUAUACAGCUCGCGCAGCUGCGUGGGGCGGAGGUGUUCGUCACGGUUGGAAGCGAGUGGAAGCGCCAGCUGGUCAGGGAGCUUUACGGCCUCGCGGACGACCACAUCUUCCACAGCAGAGAGGCGAGCUUCGUCGACGAUGUGUUCCAUGCCACGGCCAACCGCGGUGUUGACGUCGUCCUGAACUCUCUAGGAGGCGAACUUCUCCAACACUCAUGGCACUGCACAGCGCCCUUCGGUCGCUUCAUCGACAUUGGCAAAGCCGAUAUCCUCGCCAACAACACGCUUGAGAUGGGUCACUUCCUGCGCAAUGUCACAUUCGCGGCCGUGGACGUCGCGGGUAUGUACGCCGAGAACAAGCCCCUGAUGCAACUCGUGCUCGACGACGUCUUUAGUCUGUUCGCGGCGAAUCCUGGGCUCCACAAUCCCAAGCCGCUGCAUGCAUUUGCGCCGAGUAAGAUUGAGGAAGCGAUGCGCGCGCUGCAGGGCGGUAAAAUUGCAGGGAAGGCCGUCAUCGAUUUCGAAAAGUCGGGAGAUGUGGUCGUGUAUCAGCCCGCGCAGAAGCCGGCGUACGCAUUUGAGGAGCAGGCUACAUAUGUCAUUAGCGGUGGUUUGGGGGGUUUGGGGCGCGAGAUCAUGCGCUGGAUGGCGUCCCGCGGCGCACGGCAUUUCCUCGUCACCUCGUCGCGAGGCGUAGCUGGGCGCGCCGAUGUGAUCGCCUUCAUCAAGGAGAUGGAGGCCCAAGGCGUCGUAGUACACGCGCCGGCGUCGGAUAUCUCCAACCGCGCGGUCCUCAAGAGCACCCUCGAGGAGGCUAGCAAAGCGCUGCCGCCGAUCAAGGGCUGCAUCCAGGCAGCGAUGGUGUUGUCGGACAACAUGCUCUCCAACAUGACCGUCUCGCAAUUCCACCGCGCCCUGGCGCCCAAGUAUCAAGGCUCGUGGAACCUUCACGAACUCCUGCCCAAGGAUCUGGACUUUAUGGUCUUCCUCUCCUCCAUGAGCGGCAUCAUCGGCAACCCCGCGCAAGCCAACUAUGCAGCCGGCAACACUUUCGAAGACGCGCUCGCGCGGCACCGUACCGCCAGUGGGCUGAAGGGCGUUUCGUUCGAUCUCGGCUUGGUCUUAGAGGCUGGGUGGGCGAGCGACAACUUUGAGGACGUGACGAAGAGUCUGCGCGCUGGGCUGGGUGGGCUGACGCAGAAGCAGCUAAUGGCGAUCUUGGAUGUCUUGUGUGAUCCCGGUUACGAUUGCGCCGGCGGCGCAGCGCAGGUGGUGAACAUCCAUGAUAAGCCUUCGAAGCUGUAUCGGAUGUUCCAGGACGGCGUUUUGCACUGGGUGGGCAAGCCGCUGUUCAAGAACCUCCUUCGUCUGGGUCAGGUCGAGCUGGUCAAUGGCACCGGGGCUGGCGGCGAAGGCGAGGCGGCAGCCGUCGACUAUCUCGCUCUCAUCAAGGCGGCCGCUGAUGCGAAGGAGGCUGCGCAGAUUGUAACGUCGGCGUUACUUGGAAAGCUGAGCAAAUCGCUGUCGAUACCGGCGGAGAAUCUCGACGUAGGCAAGCCAGCCUAUGUGCUUGGUGUUGACUCGCUCAUUGCGGUUGAGCUGCGGUACUGGUUCCUUAAGCAAUUCGGCGUUGAGGUUCCUGUCUUCGUCAUCUUGAAGAAACAGCCGGCCGUUGAGCUGUGCCAGCAUGUAGCGGAUCAGGUCAUUGCAUCUAAAUGA